CCGGACGUUCAUGCUCCCGGCCAACAAACCCCCCCGGAAGUGCCUCUCCUGGCUCGCUUCCGGCGGGGCGAGCGGCGGCGGCUGUGUCCGGCCGCGGCGGGGCAGCCAUGGGCAAGAAGCACAAAAAGCACAAGACGGAGAAGGCGGAAUGGCGAUCGGCCGCCGCGCCCCCCGCCUACAGCGAUUAUGUGGAUAAACCCCUGGAAAAGCCCUUGAAGCUAGUUCUUAAAGUUGGAGGAAGCGAGGUCACUGAACUCUCAGGAUCAGGGCAUGAUUCAAGUUAUUACGAUGACAGGUCAGACCAUGAGCGAGAGCGACACAAAGAAAAGAAGAAGAAAAAGAAAAAAAAGUCUGAGAAAGAAAAGCAUCUUGAUGAUGAAGAGAGAAGGAAGAGAAAGGAAGAAAAGAAGAGAAAGAGGGAGAAAGAGCAGUGUGACACUGAGGGAGAAAUGGAUGACUUUGAUCCUGGGAAAAAAGUGGAAGUUGAGCCACCUCCAGAUCGCCCAGUCAGAGCUUGCAGAACUCAGCCAGCUGAAAAUGAGAGCACACCCAUCCAACAAUUAUUAGAGCAUUUCCUUCGUCAGUUGCAAAGGAAAGAUCCUCAUGGGUUUUUUGCUUUUCCAGUCACAGAUGCCAUUGCUCCUGGAUAUUCCAUGAUAAUAAAACAUCCCAUGGAUUUUGGCACUAUGAAGGACAAAAUAGCAGCAAAUGAGUACAAAUCAGUUACCGAAUUCAAGGCAGAUUUUAAACUGAUGUGUGAUAAUGCAAUGACGUACAACAGACCAGAUACUGUGUACUACAAGCUAGCCAAGAAGAUACUCCACACAGGCUUUAAGAUGAUGAGCAAAGAACGGCUGUUAGCUUUGAAGCGCAGCAUGUCGUUUAUGCAGGACAUGGAUUUUUCUCAGCAGGCAGCUCUUUUGGGUGAUGAAGACACAGCUGUUGAGGAACCUGUUCCUGAAGUCGUUCCUGUACAAGUAGAGACUACCAAGAAAUCCAAAAAGCCAAGUAAAGAAGUUAUUAGUUGCAUAUUUGAACCUGAAGGAAAUGCAUGCAGUCUAACAGACAGCACUGCUGAAGAACAUGUCCUGGCCUUGGUGGAGCAUGCAGCAGAUGAAGCUCGAGACCGGAUCAACAGAUAUCUACCAAACAGCAAGGUCUACAACAUGAUGGGUUAUCUGAAAAAGAAUGGAGAUGGAUCUUUAUUAUUCAGUGUGGUUAAUUCAUCAGAUCCGGAAGCAGAAGAGGAAGAAACUCACCCAGUGGAUCUGAGUUCUUUGUCAAGCAAAUUAUUACCUGGCUUCACUACACUAGGCUUUAAAGAUGAACGAAGAAACAAAGUCACAUUUCUUACAAGUGCCAGUACAGCACUUUCAAUGCAAAACAACUCUAUCUUUCAUGAUCUGAAAUCAGAUGAAAUGGAACUGCUAUAUUCAGCAUAUGGUGAUGAAACUGGGAUACAAUGUGCCUUAAGCUUACAGGAAUUUGUGAAAGAUUCUGGAAGUUACAGUAAGAAAAUAGUGGAUGAUCUUCUGGAUCAGAUUACUGGUGGUGAUCAUUCCAAAACCAUUUAUCAGCUAAAACAGAGGAGAAACAUUCCAGUGAAACCACCAGAUGACGUUAAAGUUCUGCCAGUUCUCAUAAAGGAAGAACACAGAUUGCGCAAUACCUGCCCAGAUUCCUCCAAACAGAUUAUGGUUGGAGAAUCAAUUGGAGACAGUAACACUUCUGUUUUGGAUUUUUUGUCUGUGAAACCAUAUUCAGAUGUGUCUCUUGAUAUUUCCAUGUUAAGUUCACUGGGGAAAGUGAAGAAGGAGCUUGAUCAUGAUGAUAAUCAUUUACAUUUGGAUGAGACAACUAAACUAUUGCAGGACCUUCAUGAGGCUCAAACUGACAGAGUGGGAUCCAGGCCUUCAUCCAACCUCAGCUCCCUCUCCAACACCUCUGAAAGAGAUCAGCAUCACCUAGGAAGUCCUUCUCAUCUGAGUGUAGGAGAACAGCAAGACAUGGUACAUGACCCCUAUGAAUUUCUUCAAUCUCCUGAACCUGCAAAUGCCACCAGUAAUUAAUGUGUACAAUAUUAAAUUUUUUUGUUUGUUUUAAGUGUGUAACAUUUUUAUAAAGUUUUUGUCAAAUGGCAGAAACCUCGAUUUUUAUCCUCUUUUCUAUGAGGAUAGCUGUAUAAUACCAUGCACGUUUGUAAAAUUUCUAGUGUAUCAUGUUGUCAACACCACAUUAAAUACUGCCUUCAUUUUUUUAAAAAUAUAGUGGUCAGUAAGAAUCUCAAUAGGAAAAAACUUAAAUUGUGCGUAUAGAACCACAUUAGAUAAGUAGGAUGUGUGCAGUUCUUAAUAUAUAGAACAUCCUCGAGGAGGAAUAUUUAUUUUUCAGCAAUGACACAAUUCCUGAAUUGUGAUCAUUUUCAUGUUCCUGCUCCCCUUCCAUCCUGUUCUGUAGAGAGGGGCUGUGUUUCUCUGUCUCUUAAAAUAUUGUUUCUUAACACUCCAAAAACACUUAAUUUGGAAACAUAAAAGGCUCUGUAGCUGUCAGAUCAAACCGCUCACUACAGGAGUUCUGCCCUGCAACUAAAUGGAGAUAAAUGUAUUGUGGUCCCUUUUAUCCAUGAACAGUAAGGGGACCAAAUACCUAGUUUUUUGGGGGGUUUUUGAGGUAAUAUGUAUAUUUACUUGAAUGAAAGUAUACUGAACAAAAGGGUAUGCUUUUAUGUAAUUAAGUUUUUGUAAUUCAACACUGACAUGACAGGGUUUUUUUAACAUUGAUAUGUGUAAACUAAAUGAAUGUUAUGCAUUUACAAUAUUUUGUAAAUAUUAACUUAAUAAAAGUCAUACAAAAAAUCAACUUUUUUUG